UGUGUGUGUGUGUUUCUCCGUGUGUGUCUGUGUGUGUGAGUGUGUCUGUGUGCGGGUGUCUCCGUCUCUGUGUGGUUCAGUGCCGCACAACGCUCCCCGGCUGCACCACACCGGGGGCAUCUUGCACGGCCACCGCAAUGGGCGAGCGGCGACUGAAGCCAGCCGCGGCGAGGCUGCUGCUGCUGAUGUGUGCACUGGAAUGCGCGCUUGCAGCUGAAGCACCUGCUGCUUCUGCUGCUGCUGCUUCCUCUGCUGCUGCUGCUUCUGCUGCCGGCAGCUCUGGGGACGCGAGCCGAGUGAGGGGCCGGGAGCGACGUCGGGGCAGCCAGGACGCGCUGAGAGGGCCCAACGUGUGUGGCUCGCGCUUCCACUCGUACUGCUGCCCCGGCUGGAAGACGCUGCCCGGGGGGAACCAGUGCAUCGUGCCCAUCUGCCGCACGUCCUGCGGGGACGGCUUCUGCUCGCGCCCCAACAUGUGCACCUGCUCCAGCGGGCAGAUCUCCGGCUCGUGCGCGACCAAGUCCGUCCAACAGUGCAACAUCCGCUGCAUGAACGGGGGGUCGUGCGCCGAGGACCACUGCCUGUGUCAGAAGGGCUACAACGGCGCGCACUGCGGCCAGCCGGUGUGCGACAGCGGCUGUCAAAACGGCGGGCGCUGCAUCGGGCCGAGCCGCUGCGCUUGCGUCUACGGCUACACGGGGGCGCAGUGCGAGCGAGACUACCGCACGGGGCCCUGCUUCACGCAGGUGACCAACCAGAUGUGCCAGGGCCAGCUGAGCGGCGUGGUGUGCACCAAGACGCUUUGCUGCGCCACCAUCGGGCGUGCGUGGGGCCACCCGUGCGAGACGUGCCCCUCGCAGCCGCAGCCGUGCCGGCGCGGCUUCGUCCCCAACGUGCGCACGGGGGCCUGCCAGGAUGUGGACGAGUGCCAGGCGGUGCCGGGCUUGUGCCAGGGCGGCACCUGCACCAACACGGUGGGCUCCUACGAGUGCAAGUGUCCGGCCGGGCACAAGAAGAGCGACAGCACCCAGAAGUGCGAAGAUGUGGACGAGUGCGCCGGCGCGCCGGGCGUGUGCGAUGGCGGCGAGUGCUCCAACACGGUGGGCGGCUACUUCUGCACGUGCCCCCGUGGCUUCGUCUCCUCCGGCGACGGCUCCCGCUGCAUCGACCAGCGCGUGGGCACCUGCUUCGCGAGCCUGCUGGGCGGCCGCUGCGGAGGCGAGCUGCCGUCGCCGCUCACCAAGACCCAGUGCUGCUGCGAGACGGGGCGGUGCUGGACGGCCGGCGGGCUGCCCGAGAUGUGUCCCGUGCGGGGCUCCGAUGAGUUCCGCCGGCUCUGCAUUGAGGGUGCGCCCGUGGGACCGGGUGUCGGCCCUGGCGGGGGCCCCUUCGGUCCUCACCCGGGAGGCCCCUACGGCCCAUACGGGCCAGGCCUGGGCUCCAACGGGGGGCCCUUGGAUCCAAGCGGCCCCAACGGGGUUCCCUACCGCCCGGGCCUCAACGGCAACGGCGUGCCCGGAGGGCCCCUUCGUGUGCCGGACAUCGUGACGCUGAACCAGACGCUGGACAUCUGCAAGCACUACACCAACCUGUGCCUCAACGGCCGCUGCGUGCCCACGCCCGGCAGCUACCGCUGCGAGUGCAACGUGGGCUUCAAGCAGGACCUCCGCGGCGAGUGCAUCGACGUCGACGAGUGUGGCAGCGGGCCCUGCAGCCACGGCGACUGCAUCAACACGCCGGGCUCCUUCCAGUGCCGCUGCCACACCGGCUUCCAGGUCAACCCGGCCAAGCCGGCCUGCAUCGACAUCGACGAGUGCAUCCACAACGGGCAGCUGUGCCGCAACGGGCGCUGCGUCAACACCGAGGGCAGCUUCCAGUGCAUCUGCAACGCCGGCUUCGACCUCGCAGCGGACGGCAAGAACUGCGUUGACCACGACGAAUGCGCGACGACCAACAUGUGCCUCAACGGGAUGUGCAUCAACGAGGACGGCAGCUUCAAGUGCAUCUGCAAGCCGGGCUUCUCGUUGGCGCCCAACGGCCGCUACUGCGUCGACAUCGACGAGUGCCAGACGCCGGGCAUCUGCAUGAACGGGCGCUGCGUGAACAGCGAGGGAUCCUUCCGCUGCGAGUGUCCCCCGGGCCUCGUCAUCGGCAUGGACGGCCGCAUCUGCGUCGACACGCACAUGCGCAGCACGUGCUACGGCGCCAUCAAGAAGGGCGUGUGCGUGCGCCCCUUCCCGGGCGCCGUCACCAAGUCGGAGUGCUGCUGCGCCAGCACGGAGCACGGCUUCGGGGAGCCGUGCCUGCCCUGCCCCGCCAAGAACUCCGCGGAGUUCCAGUCCUUGUGCGGCAGCGGCCUCGGCAUCACGGCCGACGGCAGAGAUAUUAACGAGUGCGCGCUGGACCCGGACAUCUGCCCCAACGGCAUGUGCGAGAAUCUGCGCGCCACUUACCGCUGCAUGUGCAACUCGGGGUACGAGUCGGACAUCUCCGGCAAGAGCUGCGUGGACGUGGACGAGUGCUCGCGCAACUCCCUGCUGUGCGACAACGGGCUGUGCCGCAACACGCCGGGCAGCUACUCCUGCUCCUGCCCCACCGGCUACGUCUUCAACUCCGAGUCGGAGACCUGCGAGGACGUGAACGAGUGCGAGGGCGGGCCGUGCGUGAACGGCGUGUGCAAGAACACGGCGGGCUCGUACGUGUGCGAGUGCUCCAUGGGCAGCAAGGUGGACGCCACGGGGACCGUGUGCAUCGACAGCAUCAAGGGCACCUGCUGGAUGCAGAUCCUGGACAACCGCUGCGAGGUGAACAUCAACGGCGGCACCAUGAAGUCCGAGUGCUGCGCCACGCUGGGGGCCGCGUGGGGCAGCCCCUGCGAGCCCUGUGAGCUCGACCCCGCCUGCCCGCGUGGCUUCUCCCGCUCCAAGAGCGUCAACUGCGAGGACGUGAACGAGUGCGACGUCUUCCCGGGCGUCUGUCCCAACGGGCGCUGCGUGAACACCCCCGGCUCGUUCCGCUGCGACUGCCCCCAGGGACUGAUCCUGGACGGCACGGGACGCACGUGCGUGGACCUCCGUCUGGAGCAGUGCUUCCUGGAGUGGGACGAGGAGGAGUGCGAGCGCCCGCUGGGCCGCAUGCGCAUGGACGCCUGCUGCUGCUCCGUGGGGGCGGCGUGGGGCGCGGAGUGCGACGCGUGCCCGCCGGCCGGCACCAAGGAGUUCGACGCGCUGUGCCCACGCGGACCUGGCUACGCCAACCGCGGGGACGUGCUCACGGGACGGCCCGUCUUUAAAGACGUCAACGAGUGCAAGACGUUCCCGGUGCUGUGCGCGCACGGGAAGUGUCGCAACACGGUGGGGAGCUUCCGCUGCAAGUGCGACGGCGGCUUCGCCCUCGAUGCGGAGGAUCGCAACUGCACAGACAUCGACGAGUGCCGGAUCUCUCCGGACCUGUGCGGGCACGGCGCGUGCGUGAACACGCCCGGUAGCUUCGAGUGCGAGUGCUUCGAGGGCUACGAAAGCGGCUUCAUGAUGAUGAAGAACUGCAUGGACGUGGACGAGUGCGAGAGAGACCACUCGCUGUGCCGGGGAGGCACGUGCGUGAACACGGACGGCAGCUUCAAGUGCCUGUGCCCGCCGGGGCACGAGCUGACUCUAGACGGAUUUGCCUGCGUUGACGUGAACGAGUGUUCGCUGAGCGACAGCCUGUGCCGCAACGGGCGCUGUGUGAACAUGGUGGGCACCUUCCAGUGUGCGUGCAACCCGGGCUACCAGGCCACGCGCGAUCGACAGGCGUGCGUCGACAUUGACGAGUGCACCAUCCAGAACGGAGGCUGCGACACGCACUGCGCCAACGCCGAGGGCAGCUACGAGUGCAGCUGCAACAUGGGCUUCGCCCUGCUGCCCGACACGCGCACCUGCGCAGAUAUUGACGAGUGCGAGGACAGCCCGGACGUGUGCGAGGGCGGUCAGUGCACCAACGUCCCCGGCGACUACCGCUGCCUUUGCUACGACGGAUUCAUGGCCUCCAUGGACAUGAAGAUCUGCCUGGAUGUGAACGAGUGUGACCUCAACCCAAACAUCUGCCUCUACGGCGACUGCGAGAACACGCGCGGCUCCUUCAUCUGCCACUGCCAGAACGGAUUCCACGUGCGCAAGGGAACGUCGGGGUGCACGGACGUGGACGAGUGCGAGAUCGGAGCCCACAACUGCGACGUGAACGCCGAGUGCAGCAACGUGCUCGGAGGCUUCCGCUGCGUGUGCAACGACGGCUGGGAUGGAGACGGGGCGCGUUGUCACGACGUGGACGAGUGCGGCACCAACGGGACGCACAAGUGCAGCGCGAGCGCCGACUGCGUGAACACGCCGGGCUCGUUCCGCUGCCUGUGCAAGGACGGCUUCUCUGGGGACGGGCACUCCUGCUCAGACAUGGACGAGUGCGCCGACAACGUGGACCUGUGCGAGAACGGGCAGUGUCUGAACGCGCCGGGCGGCUACCGCUGCGAGUGCGAGAUGGGCUUCGCUCCCAGCGAAGACAGCAAGGCCUGCCAGGACAUCGACGAGUGCGCGUUCCACAACAUCUGCGUGUUCGGCUCGUGCCAGAACCUGCCGGGGACGUUCCGCUGCGUGUGUGACGACGGCUACGAGCUGGACCACAGCGGAGGGAACUGCACCGAUGUGAACGAGUGCGGGGACCCGGUGAACUGCAUCAACGGCAUCUGCGCCAACACGCCAGGCAGCUACAUCUGCAACUGCCCGCCCGACUUUGAGCUCAACCCCACGGGCGUGGGCUGCGUCGACACGCGUGUGGGAAGCUGCUUCUUUGAGCCGGAGCCGCGAGGCGACGGGGGGUUCAGCUGCAGCGCGGAGAUCGGCGUCGGGGUGACGCGCGCCUCCUGCUGCUGCUCGCUUGGACGCGCCUGGGGAAACCCCUGCGAGAUCUGCCCAGCCUCCAGCACAGAUGAGUACAAGACCCUGUGUCCCGGAGGAGAGGGCUUCAGGCCAAAUCCAAUCACAGUCAUCCUGGAAGACAUCGACGAGUGCCAGGAGCUGCCGGGGCUGUGCCAGGGUGGGAACUGCGUGAACACGUUUGGAACGUACAUGUGCGUGUGCCCGCCUGGGUACUUCCGGAACGAGCGCAUCUGCGAGGACAUCGACGAGUGCUCGCGGAGCCCCGGCGUGUGCGGCCCGGGCACGUGCUACAACACGCUGGGCAACUACACCUGCGUGUGCCCCUCCGACUACGUGCAGGUGCACGGAGGCAACAGCUGCAUGGACAUGCGCAAGAGCUUCUGCUACAAGAGCUACAACGAGACGUGCGAGGGGGAGCUGCCGUACAACCUCACCAAGAAGAUGUGCUGCUGCUCCUACAACGUGGGCAAGGCCUGGCACAAGCCGUGCGAGGCCUGCCCCGCCCCUGCCACCGCGGGGUACACGCAGCUGUGCGGAAACCAGCUGCCCGGCUUCAUCAUUGACAUCCACACGGGCAAGGCGGUCGACAUUGACGAAUGCCGGGAGAUCCCCGGGGUGUGUGCCAACGGCGUGUGCAUCAAUCAGCUGGGCAGCUUCCGUUGCGAGUGCCCCAUGGGCUUCAGCUACAGCGAUCAGCUGCUCAUCUGCGAAGACAUCGACGAGUGCGUGAACGGCGACACGCUGUGCCAGCGCAACGCGGACUGCAUCAACAUCCCGGGCGGCUACCGCUGCGAGUGCGGCGCCGGGUACAAGCUCUCCCCCGCGGGCGCCUGCAUCGAUCGCAACGAGUGCAGCGAGAUCCCCAACGUGUGCAGCCACGGCGAGUGCGUGGACACCCGGGGGAGCUACCGCUGCCACUGCCACAACGGCUUCAAGGGGACGGACGACAGCACCAUGUGCAUGGACAUCGACGAGUGUGAGCGACAGCCGUGCGGUAACGGCACCUGCCGCAACACGGUGGGAUCCUACAAUUGCCUCUGCUUCCCCGGCUUCGAGCUCACGCACAACAACGACUGCAUCGACAUUGACGAGUGCUCUGCGCCGAGCUCCCAGGUGUGCCGCAGCGGCCGCUGCUUCAACUCCAUCGGCUCCUUCCGCUGCCUGUGCCAGGACGGCUACGAGCUCAGCGCCGACAACAAGCACUGCGUCGACAUUAACGAGUGCGUGGCCGAUCCCACCACCUGCUACCCGGGGGUCUGCCAGAACAUGGACGGCUCCUUCCGCUGCAUGUGCCCCCCGGGCUACGAGGUCAAGAACGACCACUGCGUCGACCUCAACGAGUGCCUGGUGGAGCUCAACACGUGCCUGUUCGGCGCGUGCACCAACACGCCGGGGAGCUUCCGCUGCGACUGUCCGCCCGGCUUCAUGCUGUCGCAGAACGGGCGCCGCUGUUUCGACACUCGCAGCAGCUUCUGCUUCCUGAACUUCGAGAGCGGAAAGUGCUCCGUGCCCAGGGCCCUGAACACCACCAAGGCGCGCUGCUGCUGCAGCGCGAUGCCCGGCGAGGGCUGGGGGGACCCCUGCGAGCUGUGCCCACGGGAAGGCGAAGCCGGCUUCGAGGACCUGUGUCCCCUGGGAGUGGGGAUCAUCCCGGGCCCUGGGGACACGCGCGAAGACAUGAACGAGUGCGUAGAGAACCCGGGCAUCUGCACCAACGGGCAGUGCAUCAACACGGACGGCUCCUUCCGCUGCGAGUGUCCUCUUGGAUACAGCCUCGACUACACGGCCAUCAACUGCAUCGACACGGACGAGUGUUCCAUCGGCAACCCGUGCGGCAACGGCACGUGCGCCAACGUGCUGGGCGGCUUCGAGUGCGCCUGUGACGACGGCUUUGAGCCUGGGCCCAUGAUGACCUGCGAAGAUGUGAACGAGUGCUCCCAGAACCCGCUGCUGUGCGCCUUCCGCUGCAUCAACACGUUUGGCGCCUACGAGUGCACGUGCCCCGCGGGGUACACGCUGCGUGAAGACCGUCGCAUGUGCAAGGACCUGGACGAGUGCGCGGAGGGGCUGCACAACUGCGACUCGCGGCAGAUGGUCUGCAAGAACCUCAUUGGCACGUUCAUGUGCAUCUGCCCGCCGGGCAUGGUCCGCAGGCCGGACGGCGAGGGCUGCACCGACGAGAACGAGUGCCGGGCCAAGCCGGGCGUCUGCGAGAACGGACGCUGCCUCAACACGUUCGGCAGCUACCGCUGCGACUGCAACGAGGGCUUCGCGGAGAGCGACAGCGGCGUCGAUUGCCUGGACAACCGCCAGGGCCUGUGCUUUGCCGAGGCGGUGCAGGGCCUGUGCCAGAUGUCCUCCAGCAGCCGGCAGGCCGUCACCAAGUCGGAGUGCUGCUGCGACGGCGGGCGCGGCUGGGGCGGGCACUGCGAGAUGUGCCCCUUCCCCGGCACGCGGGAAUACCGCAAGCUGUGCCCGCACGGGCCGGGCUACACCACGGACGGACGUGACAUCGACGAGUGCAAGGUGUUGGCCAAUCCGUGCCACAACGGGGAGUGCAUCAACAGCGCCGGCUCCUACCGCUGCAUGUGCAACCGCGGCUACACCACGGACAUCACCUCCACCGCCUGUGUCGACUUGGACGAAUGCUCACAGUCGCCCAAGCCGUGCAAUUUCAUCUGCAAGAACACGGAGGGCAGCUUCCAGUGCUCGUGCCCACGUGGCUACAUCAUGCAGGAGGACGGCAAAACCUGCAAAGACCUGGACGAGUGCGCCAGCAAGCAGCACAACUGCCAGUUCCUGUGCGUCAACACCAUCGGGAGCUUCAACUGCAAGUGCCCACCCGGCUUCGCGCAGCACCACUCGGCCUGCAUAGACAACAACGAGUGCGUCUCCCAGCCGAGUUUGUGCGGCGCACGAGGAAUGUGCCAGAACUCUCCGGGCAGCUUCUCCUGCGAGUGUCAGCACGGCUUCUCCAUCGAUGGGACUGGGGUCAACUGUGAAGACGUGAACGAAUGCGACGGCAGCCACCGGUGCCAGCACGGCUGCCAGAACAUGCUGGGCGGCUACCGCUGCUCCUGCCCGCAGGGAUACCUGCAGCACUACCAGUGGAACCAGUGCAUCGAUGAGAACGAGUGCGCCAACCGUCAGCUGUGCGGCUCCGCGUCGUGCCACAACACGCUGGGCAGCUACAAGUGCCUGUGCCCCUCCGGGUUCGCCUUCGACCAGCACGGCGUCGGCAGCGGCUGCCAGGACGUCAACGAGUGCUCCGGCUCGCACGCGCCCUGCAACUACGGCUGCUCCAACACCGAGGGCGGUUACCUGUGCGGUUGUCCCAGCGGGUACUACCGCGCCGGCCAAGGGCACUGCCUCACAGGCCUAGGCUUCGCCCAGGUCAACGGCGGCGACGAGGGCCUGGAGGAGUUUGACGGGGCGGAGCUGUCGGAGGCGGCGGAGGGCUCCGAGGACGCCCUGUCGCACGAAGCGUGCUACGAGUGCAAGGUCAAUGGCCACGGCAAGGCGGGGAGGCUGCGGCGCAGCGCCAACGGCACCGGCGGGGAGCUGGAGCCCAUGAGCCUGGCGAGCGUGGACCUGGACGCGCCCGUGACGCUGCGCCUCAACGCCUCGGCCCUGCGUCCGGGCGAGCCCUUGCUGCGUUUCACCCCGGCGCUCGCCACCCUCAACCGCCACGUGCGCUACGCCGUGGUGUCGCGUGGGCCCGGCUCGCGCGCCUUCCGUCUGCAGCCCAAGGAGAACGGCGCCUGGCUGCAGGUCGCCGGUGCCAGCAAGGACCAGCACGCGAGGCGGAGGGGCGCCGGCGAGCUGCGGCGCGGGCCGUACGCGCUCGAGAUCGUGGGCCUGCCGACGUUCAAGCGCGCCGAGAUGCGGCGCAUGGAGCGGCAGCACGACGCGGAUUACUUGCUGGGCGAGCACGGCGCCGCGCUGCGCAUCAAACUGAACAUAGACGUCUACUAGGCCCGCGCGUGUACUAGGCCCGCGCGUGUACUAGGCCCGCGCGUGUACUAGGCCCGCGCGUGUACUAGGCCCGCGCGUGUACUAGGCCCGCGCGUGUACUAGGCCCGCGCGUGUACUAGGCCCGCGCGUGUACUAGGCCUGCGCGUGUGUGCGUGUAAGCGGAGCGGGCGGGCGGCCCGGCGUUCGCUGGUGCGCGCCCACGGAGGUCGGAGUGGUGGGGGUCGGGGAGGGUAGAUCGUCGUCGCGGCCAUUUUUGGCGAUUUGUGUGGAAUUCACAUGUUUCAAAUGAAAUAUGAAGAUCGUUUUGACAUUUUGUAAAUGAAACACACUCCCGGUUUUGUCGUCGUUUUUCUUUUGUUUAGGAAGGUCCCAAUGGACUUUUCGCAGACUGUAAUUAUGUCGAAUUUAUACUUAAUAAUGCCAAAGUUACAAAAGUAAAAAAAGUGAAAUUAUGGAGAUUUUUGAAAAUGUCCCCCCAAGCGCAGCGCUAAAUCCACUCCACGCCGCUGUGAGUGUGAAAUUCUCAGGGCCACGAGCGGCUGUCAUAGGUCAUAGGUCAUCCGUUGCGUUUGUUGUUACCGCCAACUUACCACGAGAACAGAAAAUAAUAUCCAGGCAUUCUCAAUUACAGUUUUGUAGUCCUCGAUUUAAGCCUCAACUCCUGUUGCUUGAAAUGUCGAAACUGAGGAUAGAAACGGCCCUUAGAGUGUUUUAUUCACACCGAUCACUGAGCAUUUAAAUAAAUUGGGCUCUCUGGUAUUUUAAUACCAUGGACGGUUACACUGACGUGUUAACAACACUGGUGUUAUUACUGUAGUCAUUAAAAUCGUAUAUUUAUUGAAUGCUACCAAAUGACUUCAGUACAAAGUUUCUCUCAGCCGCUUUCUCACCCCUUUCCACGAAACGUUAUUUUAUAUCUCAGGGGCCCUUUCGACAAGACACGGACAAUGAAAUUAAAUCGGCUCAACGCUUCAAAGUGGUCGUGAAUGUUUUUAAUUGCAGCACUGACGAUAGCUUCCACGGCGCCAAUUAACUUACCAACAUAAUAAUACACCAAAUUGUAAUUUUAAUGGAAUAAUUUCUCCGUAUGACUUUAGCUCACGUAACACUUCACCUCGUUGGACAAAAAAUUGACCUCGGCGUAACGGCGAUCGUCGACAUUCACAUUAACACACCAACCCGAGUCGUCAGACUGACGCGAGUCCCGAAUUAUUAACCGAGGCUUAAUUAUAUAACCUGUAAAAAAAAAAUGUUACAGAAAGCGGCAUGAAUAUAAAAGGGCAAGUAUUCAAAAUGCAAUUGGACCGAGCGUUGAGCUAUCGUCGCGUUUGCCGUCACGCAGUGGCGAGCGCUGUCACGGAGCGGCACGUCAUUCAGAUCAUCGAGUUACAAUGAGAGCAGGGAGCAAGUCUGCCCAACAGCGACGCUCGGCAACUUGCCGCUUGACGUUGCCCGCACGUGGUAGUCACGUGGUAGUCACGUGGUAGUCACGUGGUAGUUACGUGGUAGUUACGGCCCGUGGCACGUUGAGGGCAGUGGGUUUCACCGGCCAACUCCGUUCACGAUUCCCCGAGUUGGUGAACAGCCCAAUGUGACUCGAUCUCCGACUCGUUCGGCCGGAAUCCAUACAUGCAACACGUGCCAUUUCCAAACCUGUGGACGCUCCACACCUGCUAAUGUUCAAACACAAACUUUCGUGGCCUCCUAAAAGGACAUGAGAUAGGUAUUACAUCCGAAAGUGAUUGGAUGAUAGGAAACUAUGAAGAAGGAAGAUAUACCUUUAAAAUGGCUUUAAUUGGUAAGCACUGCUUCUCAUAUGAAAGUAAGAUGUACACUUUCACCACGGGUGCCUGCUGUGGCGAUGAGGCUGCUAUGGGGUGCCUUGCUAGUAUCACUGCCUGCAACGUGUGGAGCUGCAGCAGCAGCAGCGCUUCUGGAAAAACCACGGAAAAAAGACGUGCUCUCGUGCCGCAAGCGAUUAAAGAGUUGGCGCGCAGCUUGAGGAAUGGGGUUGGGGAUAGAGCCCCUACCUCGUGAACUCAGCGAUCCAUCGUCGGGGCUUCAACUCGGCACGUGACGGUCGUGGACGUGACGGAUUUUAUCUUCCUUCUCUUGCUAACGGUGCUCGGUGUGUUGUCGUCACACGCGCCGCAAUUUAUGGUGCUAGCGGUGGCUUUUUGCUGGGGCGGACCCAAAGCACGCGUUGGCUGUUUGAGAGAAGACCUUUUGCGGGGAAAGAAAACGAAAUGAAUACACCGUGGCGUGUCGGAUUAAAAUUGUCUCGCCAGGACAUCCUUCGCCGCUAAGUCUUAAAGACUCCCUUCUAAGGAAAGGCCCAGGUUUUCAAAAUCAGAUUUUUUUUUUAAAAUUUCCUAUCGGAUUUUCCUGCGCCGGCGGUGAUGUCAGGUGGCCCGCGAGACCUUCGUGAGGCGUCUCUCCGUCCUCCCCUCGGCGUCUCUCCGUCCUCCCCCCGGCGUCUCUCCGUCCUCCCCUCGUCGCGGUGCCCGCAUGUCUUCUCCUGGUAGAGCUGGAGAAUCCGCGAGUCUCGUCUCCUCGGCCAAACCCGUGCACGGCUCGUUCCGGCAAAGAUGUCACUCUGGGGGGUCGUUGGCCGGUUUGCGCCGACUGCCAGCGCACUGCUCAUGAGGCUGGGAAUGAUCCUUUGUUGGGAAAGCCUUGAAUUUGACACCACGAUUAUUAGUGAUGGAGGGGGGGGGGGGGUGUUUUUAAAGCAUUCACUGUGGUAAUUCAUAAUGCUUUAUAUUAGGUGUUGUGACUUUUCAGAAUUAUUAUUUAAUGUUUUUGUAUUUUUAUAAUUGUAGCAUUGUGUCUCAUAGAAAAAAAAACACAGACUUCUGUUAGUAGGAUCUUCUUUAUAGCUUGGUCAGGUAUAGAUCACAUACCUCUAUGUUUAUUUGUUAUUUUUAAACGAUGAAAUAAGUUGAGGGUGAAGCUUACAAGGUUGCAAUCUUGAGCUGAAUGCCGAAACCCACAACAGCAAUUUUGUCAGCAGUAUAUUUUACUCGCCCCCCACUCCCGAUUCAAACCCCUCUACUCCAUGUUUAUACAUCACGGUGAUUAACGGCGGUUGAAAUAUGCAUCGUUAUUUUGUGUGUUUGUUUUACAAUGUAUCGAAUUUUUUUUUUUACUACUAUUUGAUAUAAUGUACAAAGUGAAAUGUCGAAUACGUCUCAAUGUACUUUCUCUUGAGCUUUAACGGGGAGGUGGGUGGGAGGGCUGGGUGAUGUUGGCUGUAAGUCGGUCAGUGAUCGCCCAGGGUUGAUAGAUGUUUACCCUUCACGGGUCUAACGUGACUGAGCGUGCCAGCAGCAGCAUCAUCAUCGUCGUCAUAUUUAAAUGUUGAGUUUGUAACUUUAAAGUGGCACAGUCUUACGCGACGUACAGCAACAUUGGAGACGUGACCUCUGUGACCUCCGUGACCUCACCACCUGUCCCCUUAUUUGUGUUUGACAAAUUCUCGAUAUGUGAAAAAAAAUAAUCUGUUUAAACUUGAGCUACUUUUAUGAAGUCAUCGCGUUAUGAAGGAUUACCAGCAUUGAGGAAGGGCCUGAGGAUUUAUAAAAACAUUGGAUUUAUAAAAACAUGGGAUAUUUACAUUAUUGACUUUUUUUGUAUCAGGUUUAAAAUGAAAACUGAUUUUUUUGUACAAUAAAAAUUGCGUGGAGCAA